CACUCGAGGUCCUUGGAAUGUUUCGCAGGUGCAUAAGUUCGCAAUUACAUUUUUUGCUGGUCUGUCCUCGGCCAAGACCCUUCGUCCAGGCCUGGGCAAAGUUUAAGAGCAAUGACUCUCACUCCAGCCGAAAGACUUUGCUUAACUCGUUCUCGUUCGAUCCUCCGAUGUCCUGCGACAUUCUUACCAGCGAUCUGACCUCGCCGUGUUCCCCAGCUUCGAUUAAACAAGUUCAUCAAAAGGUCUGCAUUGUGGGCCAAGAUCGCACUUUUAAAAUCAGUGGAUACAGUGAGCCUGGAGAUGUCUUUCCGAUUAACUGGAAAGGCAGAAAAUACCACAAGAAAACUGGCAGUGACAAAAUGAAUUCUUGUAUGGAUAAAAGCGGCAGUCGAUAUCGACCUCGGUAUGGAAAGCGAAGAUCCGACAGAAAAACGGUCCAACGUCUGCAGGAGCUAAUGAACGAUGGUGUAGACGGAGUAAGAAAAAUUGAAGGGAAAAAGGAAGGAACAAGGAUGGUAAUGCAGAUAAAGAAGUCCAAAAAAAGUAAAGACUCAAGGAAUCGACCGGCCAGUUCGAAUUCAGAGGAAAACGAGGAUAACGAGAGCGAGCCACCAAAGAAUUCAAUCAAAGAUUUCCUCUCCAUGCUCUUGGCAAAGAGUAAAAAAGUAAGGCAACAGUUAGAGGAGGGCAAACAAGCAGACCUAAAAAGAUGUAAUCCGGGAAAACCGCCAAGAGUUCAGCGCUACAAGAAUAAUUAUUAUAGAAAAAAUAUGCAGACAAAGCCAAAGCCGCAACAUCGCAAAGUAGAUAAGAAAGAUCAACCCGCAGCCACGCUUCUUCAGAGCAUUUUUCCAGAAGAUUCCGCUGGUUCACUGAAAGAAGAGGGGAUUCUGUUAGGUGAGGUAGUUUCGGUCCAAAUGGAAAAUUCGAAUUCGAAAUCCGGUGAUGUUGGAAAAGCAAUUGGUGGCCCAGAAGAACCUUUAAAGCACUCGUCAAAACCACAUUCGCUAGAAGUAAUGAGGGAUCGUGAAGAGCAGCUGAUUAGUAGCGCCAAGAAGGAAACCGACUGCCGACUGCAAUCUUUGAGAAUAUCCACAACCUUGGAACCCCCAUCUUCGUUGUCAACCCCAGACAAGGAGAAAAAUAUUUUUAAACAAGAAGUAAGUCAGGACCAUCCAAAAAAUAUAUGUGAAGACAGCAAUGUACCACUGAUGCCUUCAACUUCUUCAGAACAAAAACAGAAGAUCAGCGAGGAGCAAAGUACCCACAAGUCGGGUUCCCACGAAGAAAUAAAAACUGAAAGCAAGUCAGAGAUAAAAGUAUUUAAUAAAUGUUCAGAUUACCCUCCCUCGGAUGAUCAAAAACCCAACAUAUUUAAAAACCAGAUUCACAAGCAUCUGUGGGAACACCCUGAAAAUCAUUCAAAAAAGGAAGUGCAUAUCUUGGACCUGUGUAAACAGAAAUCCGUUUCUUGCAAAAAAAAAGAAAUUGAAGGGUCAUCAGACAUAAAAAAGACUAGUCCAGGUUCAAGUUCCCCAAAUUUCGACGAUCAAUCAAACAGCAAGAGCUUGCAUAACCUAGUCAAAAACGAGAUCCAUAAAAAUCUAUGGAAUAUCCCAGAAAAAGAUUCGAUUAAAUGCGAAAACGAACCGGGACAAAAUAAUACAGAUUGCUCAGUUUGUUUUGGACUGUUAAAUGAUAGAGAUAAGCUCAAAUUUCAAAUAGCAGAAUUUAUAGCAAAGUGUACGUACCUGGUAGAGAAAGUAGAGCCGAAGUCGGGAUCUAAAAAUACAUGCGAAUCGGAAGAGGGAGAAAAAGACAAAGAAGUCGCUAACUUAGUUGAUAAUUUUUGGAGGCAUUAUCUGCAGUAUCGUACGAAUCAAAACCAAACCUGUGAGCCCGAUAAAAGCACUAUUAGGAAGUUGGGUCAUUCGUGUUUGAAAAGCCCCGAAGAUUGCAUAAUGGACCAUGUCGAGACUAUUAUAAAGCAGUGCAAAAGUAUACAAAAAGCAAUUAAAGGAAGUGGUCUCGAAAAAAAAUACAGCAAAGCAAAUCUAAAAGAAAAGCGUGUUGAAGGAGAACUAAAAAGAAAAAACACUGAUACUGAAAAUGAACUGAAAAGAAAAGGCUCCAACGAAUUGGUCAAGAAAGACUGUCAACCAAACGAACAUUGCGUUGAAGGCAUACUCAAAAAGAUGUGUGUAGAAAAAUACGAAAAGGACUAUUUAAAGAAAAUGUCACUUUUAAUAGAACAAUUGCAAAAAAAGGUAGAAGACGACAAGCCGAAGAGAAAAUGUAGGAAGUAUGAUCAAAAAAGAAAAUGCUCUAAAGAGGAACUAAAAAGAAAUGCGAGGAAUAUUAUUUAAAGAAAAAAUGUGAAAAAGAA